AUGGAGCCACCGUUGCGUCGCCAGGCUAGUACUGCGUUACGCAAUCGAGCCCCAAGCUCCCUUAUUGUGCCACCGCCCUCGGACCUUGAAUCUUCAAUCCCAGAAUCCACCAACCCCUCUCACUCGUCUAAUGUCACAAAACCCUCGUUGGUGAAGGACUUAGCUUCUUCGUCGGGACGAAAGCAACUGAAGGCUCAGCUCGACUUUGACAUCCUUCGACUGGUCUGUGCUGCCGGAACGCCUCCAACAAUCGUUGACCGUGAAGAAUUUAGGGCAGUGAUUGAGCAUCUGAAUCCUCGAUACACCCCGGUUUCGUCUUCAACGCUUGUUGAUGCAUUGAUACCAGCGGAAGCGGCACUGGUUCUUGAAAAGGCCACUGCGCUUCUUAAGAAGGAAAGCAACCUCACACUUACCCUCGACGGUGGCUCAACCCGACGCUCAUGCUCUGUUUAUACAUUCCAUGUAUCAACUCCGUCCCGCCGAUCCUUCUUGAUGCGAGGUGAGGACGUGUCGCUGGAGUCGCAUACAGGGGAACAUAUUGCAUCCCUAGCUAAGCAAAUCAUCCAGUCAAUUGGACCCGAACGCUUCGUAGCUGUUGUUACCGACGGGGCAGCAAACGUUGUCCUUGCUCGGCGGCUUUUAGCGGAGUUCUGCGUGAAGGAUAUAUGCAAGAUUCCGGAGUUUCAGAAGGUUUUAAACUUUUUCAAGAAAUCAACUUCCGCAAAGGCACUACUCGAUCAGCUACGAAAGCUUGAAGGAAUCUUGCGUGGUCUAGAAUCAAUUGGGAAAACCCGAUUUGGAACUGUGGGACACGCUGCAUUGUCUCUGCUUCGAUGCAUGGGGCUCAUUCGACGCUUGGUUUCCAAGGGUGCUAUUGACAUCCCUGGCUGUAAUCGUUACUUCAUACCAAAUACACCAGCUAGCAUAUGCUUCGAGAUGCAACUGACUGCAUUCACAGCUGUACUUAGCCCUAUCCUCCGAGCUAUCACCUGCCUUGAGUCUGCAUCGGCCACCCUCGCUGAUGUGCUCCUGUUUUUUUCUGCGGCCCUUGGAGCUGUUUCGAAACAUCUUGCCAGCGAUUCUCACGGUCUUGAGAACUCGGAGACUGUUUCUUCAAUCAUCAAAUCAUGCACAAUUCGAUUCAACCAACUGAUUAAUGAGACUCCAGACGACUGCUAUGUCUGCGCAUUUUAUCUGGAUCCAUACUAUCGUGAUUCGCAAUUGCUGAAGAACAUUAACCCACUCUCUAUCAAGAUCACCUUGAAUCGAUCUGAUGAAUUCUCAUCUCAUGCCCCCACUUCCGCUAUGCUCGCCGGAUUGGACUGGGAUGGCGCUCCCAAUGGUCUGGUACGCCGAUUAUAUUCAACCGCCAAUGAAGCCAUGGAAGCUCUCCGGCAACAGCUUCUAUUGUAUGGGUCGUCCAACUACCCGUUUUCGGCAAAGAUUGGUCGGGAGACUGCUGCAUACACCUGGUGGCUGGACUUGAAAGAGCAUCCAAUGGCCAGACUUCUAGCACACUUCGCUCUCAUGUUGCUUGCGAUCACAGCAAAUUCAAUGGCCGACGAGCGCACCGUUUCAACCUUUACUUGGCUAAACUCAGGCCUUCGAAAUGGGCAGGACGUGGCGACGAUUGUGCGGCAAACCCAGAUUCGGCAAUUCUACGGGUGGAAAGAGGCGAAUGCGAAAGGUCCUACCCGAGUUCGUUUUCGAGACCUAAAGCAAGCCUCUGGGGCAAGUUCAAAGCAAGUAGACGGCUUGCCUGCACAGGAGGCCUCGGCUGAGAACGACCCCGAUGAGUACCCGGAGAACGCAGACACAUGGUUAGACGAGAUAGAGCGAGAGGAAGCUUCACCCUUGGGGGAUAUUUUUGAGUUGGCUGAUUUGGUGAAUCUCGACUCCCCCGAGAUUGAGGACUCGCUGUCGGACAAGGUCCCCGAAAGCUUGCGCACAACAGAAUCAGCACGUAACGAGAGGAGCGGCGCAACGCAGCCACCUUUGAGUAAUUCUGGCGAUCCUGAAGAGGUUGAUUGGUCUUUCACUUAG